AUUGUCUGCUACCCCGUUCGACAAGACAAAAGAAAAUGGCGAGCCACCUUUGUGUCCCCCGUCCUUUCCCUUAUACCACCAUCAAUGCGUCGACCGACGUCGCUGAUGGUCGACACCAUCGCGUCCCAUGAGCUGGCUUAUGAGCUCGACCCGUCGCCCCGCGCCUCUAUCUAUUCCGACGACGAUGUCAAGCAUGAUUACAGUGACUCACUGACUACUUCUACCUACGAGAAACCUAUUCCAGCAUCUCCUAUUACCAAUAUUGCUGUGAAUCCACCACCGCCACCCUCUCUUCGAACACUAUUCUCUCUCAUAGCUCCUCGCCGCCGUUUUUGCCUCCUUUUUCCGGCUAUCAUUUCCUCGCUCAUCUCAGGCGGAAUUGCACCAUUUAUGACAGUCGCCAUUGGUCAGGUUUUCAAUGCGUUUGCCACCUAUCCAACGUCGAAUCCUUCUCAGGAUGCCAAGGAUACCCUCAUGCACGAUGUCGGGAUAGGUUCACUCGAGCUGAUUGGCCUGGCCAUCGGUUCAUUAGCCUUAGGAAGUCUUACUUCUGGCCUGUGGAUUUCUACAGGUGAACAUAACGUCAUGAAUCUUCGGAGGCACGUCUAUACAGCCGUAACAUCGAAGCACAUGACAUGGUUUGAUACGAAAAUGGGUUCAGAGGGCGCUGUUCAGUCUGUAGAUAACGAACAAGGUCCAGUUGGGGCUGGAGGACUCAUGGCUAAAUUCACCAGGGAAACUGACGAAGUUCGUAUGGCUUCAUCUCUUGCCUCCGGAAGAAUUAUCCAGUAUACAACAACCUGCAUAACAUGCCUCGUUCUUGCCUUUUCACGUUCGUGGGCACUCACCCUCGUCAUUCUCGCCUCUGUCCCUGCGCUUGUCCUGGUGCAGGCCUUCUCCCAAGCAGUCGCUGGUCCUCUCCUUGCGAUCGAACGAUCCCAGGAGUCCGUCGCAGCCACCCUUAUUGACCGUGCCGUGUCUGCAAUCGCCACCGUCAAGGCGUUUAAUGCAGCAGCUCAGGAAUACGCCUCCUUAAGCACCGUUCUUGAUCGCGUCAAGGUCGCCGACAAAAAACUCGUUGCAGUCUGGGGUCUCACGUCAGGCCUGUCGCAAUUCGUCAUGAUGUCCAUGUUCGUGCAAGCCUUUUGGUUUGGAUCGAAACUAGUAAAGCAAGGCAAGGUCGCACCAGGGGAUGUUAUGGCAGUCUUUUGGGCUUGCUUAAUCGCCACAAGCAGUUUACAGAUGUCCAUUCCCCAGUUUAUCACCUUGACAAAGGGAAAAUUUGCUAUGGUUUCCCUGCUCGCGCUCGCUGACUCUUCCCCAGAAGAGACGGGUGCUCUGUCCCCCGUAUCUCCAUCGUACCAUUGCCGUGCAUCGAUUUUCCGCGGUCGUACAGCAAGGUCAAUGCACUUGCGCGGAAUUAUACCGUCGAAGUGUCAUGGUGAGAUAGCGCUCCAUAAUGUGACAUUCGCGUAUCCCUCUCGACCCUCCGUAUUAGUCUUGCAAGAUGUCUCCAUCUAUCUUCCCGCUUCAGAAACCACUUUCGUCGUAGGUGGCUCCGGGUCCGGAAAGUCGACCAUUUCGUCCCUUCUGCUCAGGUUGUACAAGCCUCAGAGCGGACAAAUCGAGCUCGAUGACCAAGAUGUUGCGUACCUGGACGACAACUGGACGACUGAACACAUAUCUGUCGUUUCCCAAAACUGCAUCUUGUUUGACAUGAGUGUCCAUGAUAAUGUCGCCAUGGGCCUUGCAGGAAGCGAGUCCGGGAGAAAGCCGGAAGACGCGACAAGAGCAGAGGUGGAACAGGCUUGCCAGGCUGCUAUGAUCCACGAUUUCAUCCGUGAUCUACCUGAUGGGUAUGAAACAAAGCUGGGUAAUGGAGGUGCAAACUUGAGCGGUGGUCAGAAACAAAGGCUGGCUAUUGCGCGCGCGCAAUUAAGGAAUCCUUCCGUUCUAAUUCUCGAUGAAGCCACUUCUGCCUUGGAUCCCACGUCUCGUGUCCUGGUAUUCGAAGCUAUCAAGCAAUGGCGGGAAAACAGAACAACUAUUGUCAUCACCCAUGAUCUGUCGCAGAUCACGUCAAAGGACUUCGUCUAUGUCUUGAAGAAUGGCACUGUUAUUGAGCAAGGCUAUCGCGCUGACCUUGAGCGAUCUGAAGGUGAAUUUAAGGCGAUGAUGGACUCCCAAGCAAAUGCGGCUGUGUCAACAGUUGACGAUGAGGAGCGUACAGAAAAACUAGGGACAACGGAGGACGAUGAGGAGGACGACCUAGUCUCUGAAGAAAGUUCUCAACCGUUUUCGUACGCCCGAACCACUCUGAUGCCGACAAUCCACAACAGCGCCAUCCUCGGCCACUGGAUGUUUGACGUGGUCGCCGACUUGACGUCGAAAGGCAGCGGACCUACGCCUUUCCGCCACGCUGUCGUUCGGUCUCGAGAGUCUCAACGCCUAAGCCGCUUCGUUCCUGCCAACGCAUUCACAGCCCAGCACGCAGAGCAGAGACGAAGACGACCUUCCAGCGUUCAAGUUAUCCCUGCGUUUCCACCACCCCCUUCGCAGAUUCUCACUACUCAUACCCGUCGAUAUAGUCUUCAAUUCACACCAACCUCGCCAACAUUCUCACACCAUUCGGUGACUUCCAUGUUGAUCAAGAAGGAUGAUUCUAUUGUGGCGAGGCGCAGGUCGACCGGACGUUCUCGCGUUAGCCGACGGAGGGCGACUCUGGCCGACAUGCAGGAGUUGGAUCCAGCAGUGGAUAUCAAAGUGGAGAAAUAUUCGUCUUUUGCGUCUGAAAAAGGUCAAGGAGUGUCUUCCGAUAAGGAACGAUCUCAUUCGUUUUGGGGUAUGAUGAAGGACGUCUACCCGACGGUGCCCUACAAGCCCCUCGCCGCAUUUGGUCUUAUCAUCUGCUUGCUGAGCGGCACUGUCACACCCAUUUUCUCCUUCGUUCUUUCUCGGCUAUUCUUUGAAGUUUCUAACGGGGCCCAAAAUACUUCCGUCAUCAACACCUUCGGCGCCAUCGUUCUAAGCAUUGCGGCUAUCGACGGUCUUCUCAUAGGUUUGAAGUACUUUAUUAUGGAGACCUGCUCCAUGAUCUGGAUUACGCGCAUCCGGAACGUCGCUUUCCGUACUAUCUUGAAGCAGGACAAGAAGUGGUUUGACAAAACAGAGAACAGUGCCGCUCGGAUUGUGCAAGUUUUGAUGAAGGAUGGUGACGACGCGCGGACGCUUAUUGCUAUUGUCAUCGCUCAGUUUGUCGUAGUCAGUGCCAUGCUUACCGUAGGUUUUCUAUGGGCGUUGGUGCGCGGGUGGCAAAUGACCCUCGCCGGCUGUGCUAUUGCUCCUGUCUUUGCGGGAGCAAUGGCCCUCCAAGCCAAGCUUGUGGCGAAUUGCGAGUUACGCAAUAAACGGGCCCGAGAAGAUGUUUCGAAAGGCUACUAUGAGGCUAUUACUAAUAUUCGUGGUAUUCGUGCAAUGGCGUUCGAAAGCGUGUUUCGUAGGAGCUUCGAUAACGCAGCGGAGCGUGCACUUUCUACGGGAGUAAAGGGCGCCUUUGUCGAAGGAUGUACGCAUGGUGUGGCGAGUGGUCUGAUCUAUUUGGCCGAAGCCCUUCUCUUCUACGUUGGGGCCGUCCUUAUAGUGAAGGACAUCUACACCUAUCUGCAAAUGUUAGAAGUACUGAACAUGGUCGUGUUCACCGUUUCAAUUGGUUCCCAGUUGAUGGCUUUCACCGAGAAAAUUGCCAAGGCUACCAAUGCUACCCGGGAUUUCAACCAGUUGUUGAAUCUUUCCACCGACACAGACGAGUCUCGCGGCAUCUUACGACCGUCCUUGAAUGGGACAGUCAGCUUCAAUAAUGUUAGCUUCGCUUAUCCUGAACGUCCUGACGCUCUGGUACUCGAAGGCAUCAAUAUGGAAAUCCGGGACGGCGAAUGCGUUGCCAUCGUGGGUGCGUCGGGCUCGGGCAAGUCAACCAUUGCUGCGCUGCUUCAGCGGCUCUAUGAACCAAAGUCAGGCACGAUAUGGGCUGGCUUGGACGAACUUCGCUCCACAGACGUUGAAUACUUGCGGGAGCAUAUUUCUGUCGUUAGCCAAAAUCCCAACCUCUUCGACGCCACCAUCUCCGAGAACAUCGCAUAUGGAAACAAAUCGCUUUCUGAUCAUGAUACCCGCGUCGCUGCACGGGCGGCUCACGUUCAUGACUUCAUCAUGUCGCUUCCUCAUGGAUAUGAGACCAUGGUUGGUGAGAAUGCAUCCCUCAUAUCAGGGGGGCAGGCGCAGCGGUUGCAGAUUGCACGAGCGCUCGCGAGGCCCUCAAAAAUCCUCAUCCUUGAUGAAUGCACCUCGUCUUUGGAUCCUGCCAAUCAAGCCGCGGUUCUCGAAACAAUACGUCAUGCCAAAAUUGGUCGCACGACUGUUAUGGUCACCCAUAAGCUUCCCGUUAUGAAGACAUGCGAUCGUAUACUGGUCAUCGAUGAUGGCAAGAUUGCGGAGCAGGGUACUUUUGAGCAACUCAUGGAGCGCAAAGGUGUCUUCGCGUCGCUAGUCAGCGGUGGCGGAAUCGUCUGCGAGUAAUACAUCGGCUUCUCUUCUUCAUAAUUCUUUCUUUUACCUGCCACUGUAUCGCAUCAUUUUCUUUCAUUCAGUAAUCACGAAACGGAACAUGGAAGAGUAUGACUUCACUCAAUCACACUGUAUAUUACUUCAUGCAGACGAUUUCUUUGUAUUCAUAAGUUAUGAUCAGUACGAAUACAUUAGACAUUCACUUACAUAGGCAUUUGACUUCCCAAAAAAAUGCCAUUAUCAUGUUCAGUAAAAUCUACACCUUCAGGCUCCAAAG